GUGGGGCGGCGCUGCGCGGCCGUGGAGCCGGGCGGCGGGCGGGGCGGGGCGGCCCGGGGCGGGGCGGCGGCGGGGGUAGGUACCGGGGCCGCCGGCCGCCGGCCCAUCGGCAGCGGCGCCGGCACUGCGAGCGGAGCAUGGCGCCGGAGGGCGGCCGAGCGGCCGCCACGGCCCCCGGUAAGAAGAUCACGGCGCGGCUGAAGCGGACGCUGCCGGUGCGCGGCCCGCAGGCGCCCACGCUGAGCGAGCUGAUGCGCUGGUACUGCCUCAACACCAACACGCACGGCUGCCGCCGCAUCGUGGUGUCCCGCGGCCGCCUGCGCCGCCUGCUCUGGAUCGUGCUGACCCUCAGCGCCGUGGGGCUCAUCCUCUGGCAGUGCGCCGAGCUCCUCAUGAACUACUACAGCGCCUCGGUCUCCGUCACCGUCCAGUUCCAGAAGCUGCCGUUCCCCGCCGUCACCAUCUGCAACAUCAACCCGUACAAGUACAGUGCCAUGAAAGAAUAUUUAUCUGAAUUGGACAAAGAGACAAAAAAGGCUUUGGAAACUUUCUAUGGAUUUUCUGAGGGCAAGUCCAAGGUGCGCCGGUCGGUGGAUGACUGGAACAGCACAGGCAGCGACUUCUUCGAGCAGAUCCCUCUGCUGAAGGUCGAGGACUUCUCCAGGACAGCGACUGACCUGCACAGUGGGCAGAAGAGGAAAAUCGAGGGAAGUGUCUUUCACAAGGACUCGUCCAUCGUGAACUCGGGUGAUUCCAAUGACAUCAUUGGCUUUCAGCUGUGUGAUGCAAACAACAGCAGUGAGUGUGCCCUGUACACGUUCAGUUCGGGUGUUAACGCUAUCCAGGAGUGGUACAAGCUGCACUACAUGAACAUCAUGGCACAAAUUCCCCUGGAGACCAAAGAAAAAUUGAGUUAUUCUGCGGAGGACCUUAUACUGACAUGUUUCUUUGAUGGCCUAUCUUGUGACAAAAGGCACUUCACUCGUUUCCAUCACCCCCUCCACGGCAACUGCUACACCUUCAACAGCGGCGAGAGCGGCACCAUCCUGAGCACCUCCACGGGCGGCAGCGAGUACGGAUUGCAGGUUGUUCUGUACAUCGACGAAGCAGACUACAACCCCUUCCUGGUGACGUCCACAGGAGCCAAGAUCAUGAUCCACGACCAAAACGAGUAUCCCUUCAUUGAAGACAUUGGCACGGAAAUUGAGACUGCAGCAGCCACCUCCAUAGGGAUGCACUUUACUCAGUCUCGCAAGCUGAGCAAACCCUACAGUGACUGCACAGAGACAGGAGCUGACAUACCUGUGGAAAAUCUCUAUAACAAGAGCUAUUCACUCCAGAUCUGCCUGCACUCCUGCUUCCAGAAGGCCAUGGUGGACUCGUGUGGCUGCGCCCAGUACGCACAGCCCCUGCCCGCUGGGGCCGAGUACUGCAACUACAAGAGGAACCCAAACUGGAUGUACUGCUACUACAGACUGCAUGAGAAGUUUGUGAAGGAGCAGCUGGGCUGCCAGCAGAUCUGCAAAGAAGCCUGCAGCUUCAAGGAGUGGGCGCUCACCACCAGCAUUGCUCAGUGGCCAUCCGUCGUGUCAGAGGACUGGAUGCUCCGAGUUCUCUCUUGGGACAAAGGGCAAAAACUCAACAAGAAGCUGAACAAGACAGACCUUGCCAACCUCAUGGUGUUUUACAAGGACCUGAACGAGAGAUUCAUUUCGGAGAAUCCUGCCAACACGCUCGUCAUUCUUCUGUCCAACUUCGGGGGCCAGCUGGGGCUGUGGAUGAGCUGCUCCGUGGUGUGUGUCAUCGAGAUCGUGGAGGUGUUCUUCAUCGACUCGCUGUCCAUCGUCAUGCGGCGCCAGUGGCAGAGGGCCAAGAAGUGGUGGAGCGGGCGCCAGCGGGGCGGCGCGGGCGGCACGCCGCCCGCCAGCGACCCCGAGAGGCAGGGCCACGAGAACCCCGCCUGCGUGGACGAGGACCUGCCCACCUUCACCACCGCCCUGCGCCUGCCGCUGCCCCACGACAGCCCCCUGCCCAGGACUCCCCCGCCCAACUACAGCACCCUGCGCCUGGAGACGGCCUUCACGGAGCAGCUGCCUGACACGCUGGAGCUGCGCCAGCACUGACACUGGCACUGCACCCGCGUGCCCCAGGAGGUGCUGCUGCACCCACCCGCGUGUCCGGGCGAAGGGCGCCCAUCAGCCCGGCACUGAGGGGCUGUCAGGUCAGACCCUUACUCAGGGAUUGAACUGGCAGUGAAGCUGCCCUGAGCAACGCUCACACACAAAAGCCAAGGGCUCAGAGACAUUCGGAGCUUCGAGCAACAUCAGUUGUGGAGUUAAUGAUGGCAGGAGAUGGCUGGAGCAGGAUGUGGUGCUAAGCUGGGAUGUCUCACCAGGCAAAGGCACGCAUUAGCCACCAGCUGCACACACCCCAUUGCAUGUGGGCAGGAGUUGCUCCACAGCAGCAGAUUGAUGCCACAUUGAGCAUUAACACUAAUUGCUCUCUGCUGUGUGGCUGGACUUGUGGGAAAAACCCCAGGCUGUCAGGAAUCCAGGAUGGCAUUUGUAGGAAGGGCAUGACAGGGGCUUGGGUAAAGCACAAAAGAACAUGAAAGGAAAGCUCUCACUUGAAUUUUCAUUAGAAAUCUGAUUCCAGUGGUGGCCUGAGGAGCUCUUUCUUGUGAGAUGAAAAGCCAGGACAACCAGAAAUGGGCUUGUAGAGCAAGUUACUGUACAGCUGGGGUAGGAAAGCCCGAGUCAUCCCCAAAGAAUCAUCUGAAAGGGCAUGAAAUCCAAUUUGGAGCACAGUAAUGAAGUGCAUCCUCUGCAAGCUUGUUCCAUUCCACAUCACUCAGGCAACCCUUAAACAUAACUUCCAAGGAGCUUAUUAAAUUACUUCCCAGAA